AAAAAGAUAGUUUACGUUUUGGAUUAUUCUUCGCUAUUAACGACGAUGGCCAGUUGCCACCAAACUCCAGUGUUCUUACGUCCCUAUAAGAACCCAUUGAAUUUUUUUUUUUUGGUCCAUAAAAUGAUAUAAACAUCCCUUCAUUAUCCAACAAGGACAAUUCAGAAAUCAAAAUCCCAACAUGGAUUCUGUCGAAAACGGUUCUCAAAUCAGUGUCGGUUCAGUCAGUACUACUACUUUGUCCAAUGAAGAGAUAGAUAUCUUGAAGGUGAUGCAACUCCCAAGCGGAUUCGUCCUUCCGAUGGUCUUGAAAACUGCUAUGGAGCUCGAUUUAUUUGAACUCAUGGCACAAAAAAGCGGCCCGGAUGGUCAAUUAUCCGCAGCAGAAAUCGCAUCGUAUCUUCCUUCAACAAAUCCGAAUGCCCCUGUUAUGCUUGAUAGAAUGCUGCGCUUUCUUGCCAGUUUCUCCUAUCUGAAAUGCAAUUCUGUCCCAGAUGAAGAUGGGAAAGAUCCCACGAGAUUCUACAGUUUAGCACCCAUUAGCCAGAAUUUCGUCCGGAAUGAUGAUGGGGUUUCUCUUGCACCAUUGUUAAGGCUACCAGUGGAUAAAGUAAUGAUUGAGUCAUGGUUUCAUUUGAAGGAUGCGAUUCUGGAAGGUGGAGUUCCAUUUGAUAGAGCCCAUGGGAUGAAUGCAUUUGAAUAUCCAGCCAAGGAUCAGAGAUUCAAUGAGGUUUUCAACAGGGGAAUGUAUAACUACACCCGAAUUGCGAUGAAGAGACUUCUUCAAGUCUACAAAGGAUUUGAUGGGGUCAAAGAAGUGGUGGAUGUCGGUGGCGGACUCGGUGCAACGCUUGACUGUAUCAUUUCCCACCACCCAAACAUCCGGGGAGUUAACUUUGAUCUUCCUCAUGUCAUCCAGGAUGCUCCUCCUCGUCCAGGUGUGGAUCAUGUUGGUGGAGACAUGUUUGAAAGUGUUCCAAAUGGAGAAGUUAUUCUCAUGAAGGUAUGUACUUUAUAUACAGUUCUUGAAUGCCUUCAUAAGCUUUGAUUGUUAAGAUGUAUAUAAUGCGAAUAUUAUUUAUUUUUCAACUCAUUUUAUAUGCAGUGGAUUCUUCAUGAUUGGAGUGACGAUCAUUGCCGGAAGCUAUUGAGGAACUGUUACAAUGCCUUACCAAAUGCAGGGAAAGUGAUCCUGGUUGAAGCAGUACUGCCAGAGACUCCUGAUUCUGAGUUCUUAUCCAAAACCGGGUUUAUGUCCGACAUGAACAUGAUGACUAUAAACCCUGGAGGAAAGGAGAGAACUCAGACAGAAUUUCAAGCUCUGGCCUCAGAUGCUGGAUUCUCUGCCCUGAAACUGGUGUGCCCUGUCUAUGGUGAUUGGGUUAUUGAAUUGUACAAAAACUAGUCAUAAAAAAGUUCUGAUUUUUGCUAUUUUCGACCCAUCUCUAGUCAAGAAUAUUUGUGUUUUACCUUCCAAUUUACGGGACUAGACUGUAGUUGGUUGUGAUUUAUUGAUCAGGAAUUUGUCUUUCAUGUUUGUGACAGUUGUAACGUCAAUCCAAUUAGUCCAAAAGAAGUUCAACUGAUUGUGAAAAUGCCAAAGGGCAAAGACCGGCUUGAUCUCUCUUCGAAUCGUAAUCAAGAACCAAGCUAAUUAUUUCUGCAACAGAAAUGUGGACAGAAUGGAUCCCACAAUUCGUAUCUAGUUGAAAACUGACGGCCUUAAAAGAGCCAACCGGAUGUUCCAUGUUACACAUUUUCUAGUUUUUACCGCUUGAAGGUUUCUUUAUUGGGGAA